CAAGCAGCGCAUACAACCAACUCCCACAAGAAGAAACCAGUCAGAACCAGUCCGAUCAAAGACACCAUUAAAUAUUUACAGGAGUGCCGCAGAGAGCAAAAGACAGGAGCGUGAUGGUCUUGGUUGGCAGUCUGUGGAGUUGAGCUACAGACAACCUACUUCAAUUUUUUAUGUUCAGGCUAUAGAGAGCAGAUUACCAUUUCCGAGUCUGUUCCUGGUCUCAUCCCGGCUCUCAACAACAAGAUCAAUAGACCAUCAGCCAUCCUGUUGACCGUAAGAUGAUGCCCAAGGAACUCAAGCAAGUCUGGGAUGGAUACUACUCCCAACGAGCGUGGAGAGAACUGGACUACUACUACCCCACAGAGACGGUCAUCUGCCAGCUCAUCCUGGCCUUGGUCCUACUCCUGCUGACCAGAUACCUCCUCAGGCCGAGUGCUCGGAACCGCUUCGAGCUGUACACCGACUACCACUCGCCGAUAAUCGACCAGACCAACCAGCACUCACUCCGCUCGAUCAUCCACAAACACUGUCCCUCUCUCGUCGGCCCACGCGCUUACUUCUCACCCACCCCUUGGCUAUUCAGUGGUCAUCUGCAGACUAUUUACUCGGCCUUUGGGAAUUUCACCAAGAUCGAUCAGGUUGAAUAUGAGAGACGGAUCAUCAGGGUGCCGGAUGGGGGCCAGAUAGCGCUAGACUUCACGCCGCCGAACCGGUUCUCGAACCAGAAUGACCCAACACCGACCUUGGUGGUACUGCACGGCCUGACCGGUGGCUCCCACGAAUCUUACGUCCGCUCGGUCGUCGCCCCCCUGACUCAAAAGUUUGGAUGGAGAGCCGUGGUGGCUAAUUUUAGAGGCUGUGCUGGGGCCCAGUUGACUAGCCAAAAACUAUACAAUGCAGGAGCGACUGAAGAUAUCAGACUGAUCAUACAAUACCUCACCACGAUCCUGUGCCCCCUAACCCCAUUACAUGCGAUCGGAUUCUCAUUGGGGGCGAACGUGUUGGCCAAGUACUUGGGAGAAGAAGCCGAUCGAACUUUGAUCCGCUCGGCCGUCGUUGUCGGUAACCCGUGGGACCUCUACUCUGGCCACUGUUUCCUAGAGUCCAGUUUUCUCGGUCGGAUCUAUUCCCGGGCAUUGGCGUCGAACCUUAGGGCACUGAUGACGAGACAUCUGAAAGUCUUCAAGGCCCGCUCGAGCCCGAUCGAUGUUCAUGCGCUGUUCUCUAACCCGUGCCAGUCGCUCUACGAGUUUGACUCGAUCGUCACCCGUGCCCUCGGCCGGUUCGGCUCGACGGAGGCCUACUACAAAUCCCAGUCCUCAACUCUUGUUGUUGAAUCCGUCCGGGUCCCAUUACUCUCGAUCAACGCCCUCGACGAUCCGAUCGUCACUCCUGACGCCGUCCCAGUCGAGAGCGUACUCGAAAACCCAUACCUGGUCGUCUUGGUCACCAAACAUGGCGGACAUCUCGGAUGGUUUGAGGGUCUUUGGAGACCCAAGAGGAUGAUUGACCGGCCGAUCAUCGAAUGGCUACGAGCUAUGAACCAGGCCAUCCAGAUCAACUCCACCUCCCCUCUCGACCAUACCCUCUCCGAGCCAAGUCCCCAGACCCCCGACAUCCAGGUACUCUCGGUCCGUAAACUCGGCCAUCCUAAUGCAUCUUCCGAGGAGGUCUCGGGCACCAUCCAAGGAUUAUAGAUCUCUUUCUCUCUCUCUCUUCCUCUUUCCCGCUUAUCUGGCACUCUUGAAUCAUAUAUUUGUAGAACUUCAAACCAACACAAACAACUUGCAAACACAUUCAAAUGGAGGAGAAAAGUGAUAACACAUUUUUCAUGGACUUGAGAUUGAUCACCUCCGAUUUUCGCUACUUUUUCCCCUCCCUUCCAACAACUAUAGAAUUCUUC